GUUUACCCGAUCCAUGCCAUUGCCUGCCUGAUCUGUGCUUGAAGGGCAAGGCACGAAACCUUUAUGAAAGCAUCUUUGACUUUUACAGGAAAAAAAAGUUAACAAUUUUCCACCUGACAAAAUAAGUCACGAGGAGAACACCAGAUGGUUCCCUGACAUGGGAUGAUUUGGUAUUUAAGAUGAUCCUCGAGGUUGUGGGGAGGUUUUCGCUGCUAGUUAAGGGGAUCCAACGUGUUGGUCUGGCAGCAGACAGGGCAUGGGUGAGUGGCGACUGCUAGCGAGCUUGUUGGCCGCUGUGUACACAGUGACCAUCCGCGCCCAGUUCCCACGGGAUUGUGUCCGUCCGGAGGCGCUGCAGAGUGGGGAGUGCUGCCCGCCGCUUGGCUCCAUCCCGGGCGACCGCUGCGGCUCCAGCCUGGGACGGGGGGUGUGCGCCGGGGUGCGGGCAGACCCGGCUCCUCACGGCGGGCAGUACCCGCACGACGGCGUCGACGAGCGCGAACGCUGGCCGCUCCGCUUCUUCAACCGCAGCUGCCGCUGCGCCGGCAACUUCCACGGCUACAACUGCGGCGGCUGCCGCUACGGCUGGAGCGGCGCUGAUUGCCGCCGCCCGCUGCUGCUGCUCCGCCGGGACGUGCUGAGCCUGAGCCCAGGGGAGAGGGCGAGUCUGGUGUCCGCCCUGCACCGAGCCAAGCUCACCCCGCACCCCGACCUGGUGGUGGCCACCCGCCGCCGGCCCGACGUCCUGGGCGCUGACGGCCGCAGCCCGCAGUUCGACAACGUCUCCAUCUACAACCUCUUCGUCUGGACUCACUACUACUCGGUGCGCAAGACCUACCUGGGGGCCGGACGCACCUUCGGCGACGUCGACUUCUCCCACGAAGGGCCUGCCUUCCUCACCUGGCACCGCUAUCACCUGUUGCAGCUGGAGCGGGACAUGCAGGUGAUGUUGGAUGACCCCACGUUCGCUCUUCCAUACUGGAAUUUUGCUACUGGAAGAAAUACUUGUGACAUCUGCACAGAUGAGCUAAUGGGAGCCAGAAGCAACUUUAACCCUACUCUCCUAAGUUCAAACUCUGUCUUUGCACUGUGGGGCAAUCUGUGUGAAAGUGUGGAAGACUAUGAUACCCUGGGAACUAUUUGCAAUGGCACUGAAGGUGGCCCAAUUCAACGGAAUCCAGGAGGGAAUGUUGCCAGACCAAUGGUGCAACGUCUGCCCGACUCCCAGGAUGUAGCCAAAUGUUUAGAUAUAUCAUCUUAUGACACACUGCCUUUCUACUCCAAUUCAACAGAUAGCUUCCGAAACUCGGUGGAAGGUUAUAGUGAUCCUUCAGGAACGUACAGUCCAGCAGUUCGCAGUUUGCAUAAUCUAGCACAUUUGUUUCUUAAUGGAACUGGUGGGCAAACCCAUUUGUCCCCAAAUGACCCAAUCUUUGUGUUGUUGCAUACAUUUACUGAUGCAAUAUUUGAUGAAUGGUUGAGGAGAAGUAAAGCAGAUUUAUCCAUCUUUCCAGUGGCAAAUGCACCCAUUGGACAUAACGGAGCAUACAAUAUGGUUCCGUUCUGGCCUCCAGUCACUAACGUAGAAAUGUUUUUGACAGCAGCUGAAAACCUUGGCUACAGCUAUGAAGUUGAAUGGCCAAACAAACCUCUCACAGUGUUGGAAUUAGUAGCGGUGGGGAUCCUUGGUGCCUUGGUGCUGGUCGCCGUAAUAUACACCAUCUCUACCAUAGCUUUACGCAGUAGAAGAAGAAAUAUGGCUGCCAGUGAACUGAAUGAACCACUCCUAAAUACGCCACAUAAGCGCUACUCAGAAAAUGAUGCAUCAACCAUCCUCCAAGAUAUCUCAUAACCUGCUCUCUCUGACGGUACCUUUGAUUUAAUUUUCAUGUAGACAGAUGACACGCUACUAAACACCUGUCGUUCCCUGCUUAUGUAUUUUGUUUAUAGAUCAAAGAAGAUGUUAUCCAUGGAAUUUAUAUGCUGCCAAUAUGCAAAAUGAGAAAAAUCUAUACAGAAUUGUCCUGAAAAUUGGUUCCACUGCCUUAUUAAUGGCAGCCAUCAUACUUUGUAAAGGGACAUUGGAAAUAAUUUGUGAACCUUGAUUAGCUAAAUCACAACGGUAAAUGUGCCAAGGUAAAUUCUAAUUUUAAUAAACUGAAGGCUGCAUUUCUAGUAAACUGUCCGUAUAGCAGUUGCUUUCCCACCCUUCUCUCAUAACACACUUUUUAAUAGUGAUUUGUAAAUCCCAUGAGGGUGAAUAUCUGUUAUAUAAACAGCUGUAACGGGUAUCACGUAGAGUCAUAGAAUGAUACAGUGUGGAAACAGGCCCUUCAGCCCAACUUGCCCACACCGGCCAACAAUAUCCCAGCUACACUAGUCCCACUUGCCUGCGCUUGGUCCAUAUCCCUCCAAGCCUGUCCUAUCCUACCUGUCUAACUGUCAUUAAACGAUGGGAUAGUCCCAGCCUCAACUGCUUCCUCUGGCAACUUGUUCCACUCGCCCACCACCCUUUGUGAGGAAAAAGUUACCCCUUCAGAUUCCUAUUAAAUCUUUUCCCCUUCACCUUGAACCUAUGGUCCUCGAUUCCCCUACUCAUCUACUGCAAGACACUUCAUCUACCCAAUCUAUUCCUCACAUGAUUGUGUACACCUCUAUAAAAUUUCCCCUCCCCAUCCGCCUGCACUCCAUGGAAUAGAGACCCAACCUACUCAACCUCUCCCUAGCUCACACACAUGUACUCCAAUUGUUGUCUCAACAGGGCCUUUUGUAAUAUUUUUAAAACAUUCUUGCUCCUGUACUCAUCUCUUGCUAUGAUGGUCAACAUACUCUUUACUUCUUUUUUGGGCAAAGGGUGCGAGGGAAAACUUUCUUUACUCUGGAGAAUAAUGACCUGGUCUCAGUGCCUGUAGGGGUGCUUGAAACAGAAUCAAUCUCUACAUUAAAAAAAAAACAAUUGACAGACACUUGAGCAAAAGUGUCGGGAUUGUUCUAGUAAGAGGCAGCAAAUAAUAAAUCCUUCUGUAUCUUGUUGAUUCUCUGAUUACAUUAUGUAAUUAUAUAAAUGUUGCAUUACAACUACAAAUUGGAAAAUUACCAGUUUCUCCAACAGCAAUGCUAAAAUAGAUAUCCACAACGAAGAAUGCCAUUGCCGAUUUACAAUUAUUCCCUGUUGCACAAGCCAUGGUUUUCCCAUCAGGGGGUUUGGCUACUUUGAGCAUCUGCCUCUGUGUGGGCUCUUAAUUCCUGGACUAUUUUUUUCUAAUAAUUCCUAAUUAUGAGAAAUCAAAGCAGUAUUCAACGAACCAUCAAUACAUGAUCUCUGAGAAAAUUUUAAAUGGUGGAACUAGUCUCCCAAGAGGGUCAAACAAGACUAUAGCCGAUCACUGCAUCCCAGCGAUAACUAGUACAAUAAAACAUGUAAUACUUAAUUUAAUAAUAUGACAAAAUAUUACACGGUUGCUCUCACUAAUUAUCACACACACUCUCUCACUCUCUUUCUCUCUCACAGGGCUCACUCACCCACUCAACCCACCCACUCCCCACAAACUCCCACUAACUCAACCACCUACCCACUCACUCACCUCUGCAAUGGACCACAACUCUAGUUAAUUCUAUGCCAGAUCCAAACCCUCAACAAAGGCUUCCUCGCCUACCUGGACACAAGCUCGCCUGCCUCCAGACUGGUCCCUCUGCCGACACUCCAUGACUCGACCGCAGGCCUGGAGCUCCACCCCUGGACCGCGGCACGCCUGUCCGGCCACCCCGAGGAGCAGCAACAACAUCCACCGCCUCUUCGACCCUCACCGCAUUCCAGCCAAACCCAGGCAUAGGCCACACAAAAUACUGGAGUAACUCAACGUGUCAGGCAGCGUCUCUGGAGAAAAGGAUAGGUGACAUUUUGGGUCUGAAGAAGGGUUCUGACCCAAAAUGUCAUCUAUUCCUUUUCUCCAAAGAUGCUUCCUUCUUCUUCUUGCGUAUGGCGUGCACAGCCUAAUGUUGUAGGACACUUGUUCUAUUUGAACUUAUUUGAUUGUGCACGCCAGGUUGAUUGCAUUUGUCGAAACAGGGCGGACAACGUGAGAUGCUGCCUGACCCGUUGAGUUACUCUGGCAUUUUGUGUCUAUUUUCAGUGUAAAUCAGCAUAUGCAGUUCCUUCCUACACACCUGGUUAUGAAAAUCCCUAUUGAACCCACAAUCCCAGCAUCGCACAUCUCUCCAAAAAACUGAAGUCCUUCAUCCCUGAUGCAAUUCCAAUAAUACUCCUGCAAUAUGUUAGCACCCAUCCCAAAUAGUGAAGGACAGAUUUGAACACAUUGCAGGAGCAGAUAUCUAACUUGCUUUUCAAAUAGAUAUAGAUUUGCUUAUACAUUCCAUUCUACUGUGAGGAAAUUCAAAGAUGUAUUUUUUUUCUAACUGACUGUUCACCAAUUUUGAGAGGUUUAAAGGCGGAUAUGUCAUAACCACCAAGUCAAGUUUAUUUAUCACAUACACAUACAAGAUGUGCAGUGAAAUGAAAGUGGCAAUGCCUGUGGAUUGUGCAAAAACAACAGAGCAAAAUAGAAUAGAACCAGUAUUUACAUUUUCGAGGGGAAAAAAAGACAUAACACAUAGUAAAUUAGUCCCUGGUGUGAUAAGAGUUUACAAUCCUGAUGGCCUGUGGGAAGAAACUCCAUCUCAUCCUCUCUAUUUUCACAGCGGAUGCGCUUGCCUGACCGUAGUAGCUGGAACAGUCCAUUGCUGGGGUGGUAGGGGUCCCUCAUCAUGUUGCUGGCUCUGGAUCUGCACCUCCUGGUGUAUAGGGCAGGGGGGUGAGUGUUGUACCCAUGGUGCGUUCGGCUGAACGCACUACUCUCUGCAGACCCUUCCUGUCCUGGGCAGAGCUGUUUCCAAACCAGAUUGAGAUGUUGCCGGACAAGAUGCUUUCUACAGCCACAGAAUAGAAGCACUGAAGGAUCAUCAGAGACACUCUGAAUUUCCUCAGCUGCCUGGGGUGGUAAUGGUGCUGCCUUGCCUUACUCACCAGUGCGGCAGCGUGUGUUGUCCAUGUCAGAUCCUCUGUGAUGUGGACUCCCAGGUAUUUAAAGCUGCUCACCCUAUCCACAAUAUCCCCAUUUAUCUCCAGUGGCGUGUACGUCCUCGGAUGUUGAGCCCUUCUAAAGUCCACAAUCAGCUCCUUAGUUUUUGUGCAAUUCAAGAGGAGGCUGUUGUCCUGACACCAGAGUGCCAGAUCUGCCACCUCCUCCCGGUAGGCCUUCUCAUCGUUAUCGGAGAUCAGUCUCACCACCACAAUGUCAUCAGCAAACUUGAUGAUGAAGUUGGAGCUGAACCUGGCCACACAGUCAUGUGUGUACAGGGAGUAUAGUAGGGGGCUAAGGACGCAACCCUGGGGGAUCCUGUGUUCAGGGUGAGGGGGUUGGAGGUAUGUCUCCCCAUCUUGACCACCUGGGGCCUGGUGGUGAGAACGUCCAGGACCCAGGCACACAGGGAAGUGUUCAGCCCCAGUUCCAGCAGCUUCUCAGCAAGUCUGGUGGGGACUAUGGUAUUGAAAGCUGAACUGAAAUCAAUGAACAGCAUCCUCACAUAGGUCCCCUUCUGGCUGUCAAGGUGAAAUAGAGCAGUGUGCAGAAUCUGAGAGACUGCAUCAUCCGUGGAUCUGUUCGGACGGCAUGCGAACUGUAGCGGGUCUAUGGUGCGGGAGAGGAAGGCACAGAUGUGGUUCUUGAUCUGCCUCUCGAAGUAUUUCAUGACUACCGAGGUGAGGGCCACCAGUCGGUAAUCAUUCAAGCAAGCUGGAGAGGCAUUCUUUCGCACUGGUACAAUGGUGGAUCUUUUGAAGCAGGCAGGGACAACUUGGCCAGGGAAAGGUUGAAUAUUGUGGCGGGCACUGGAGCAAGCCGAGUAGCACAAGACUGUAGUACUCGCCCAGAUAUACCAUCAGCGACUACAGCUUUCCUCGUGUCUCUUUCCACCUAGUCUCUAAUUUCAUACACUACUUUAAAAUUGCUGGUUUGAAGAUCAGUUAAUGGAAAAUUGCCAUUAUGGAAAUUGCAAAUUACCAACAAAUUUUGAAUACAGAAUAAAAAUGUACUUUUAUGAAUUUUGUAUGAAAAAUGUGAAUACCAAAUAAUAUAUUUCAUGUUGCAUUUGUUAACGCAUGCACAAAUGAUGUAGCUUUGCCUUAUGGAAAAAUGCGAGACAGACAAUUUUCUAAGGACGCAAGUUAUCCCCAAUCCCUCGCCUCCCUCCCCCGCCCCCACCAGGGUAAUGUGGGGAUCACCUGUAUUCAAUUCAUAUAUUUGUCAUUACUCUUUGUCAAAAGAUUGAUUUCUGCCUGAACUUGUAUAUGUGAUGGAGUUUUCUGUAUCUUUGCAAAUGUAGCUUCUUAGCCAUACAUAAUAAAACACUCGAUAUAAGUGUUGAAAGAAUUAAACAUUUGAGAGCUUCUUGACA